CAAAAGCAGAAAUAUUCACGAAUUGCCUGAAAUGAACAUGAACGUUUUCUACAAGAGUCUGUUGUUUUUACUGGGCUUUUUCUCAGUUCAGACGAAGGCGGGGACAGAAGUGAACAUUGCAACAUGGGGAACAGCCGAUCAGUCGUCAUUAUAUUUUUUUAACUGGUCUGCCCAAAAUGCUCUGGAUGGGUUGAGCUACACCUGUACUCAUACAAACACACAGAGUGACCCGUGGUGGAAGCUGGACCUGAUGAAGAUGUACAGCGUGAACAGAGUGACCAUCACUAACAGACCCGACUGCUGUGACAGCAGGAUAGACGGGGCAGAGAUUCGGAUUGGAAACCAUUCUUCAAAUCUUCUCAGCAACCCACUAUGUGCUGUAGUUUCUACUAUCCCAGCAGGAGCUACCUACAGCUACUCGUGUCGUGGGAUGGAGGGACGUUAUGUUUCUGUGAAUAUUCCUGGAACUUCAAAGAUUCUUACUCUCUGUGAAGUGGGAGUCUAUGUGAUUUCAGAUAAUUUGGCUACAGGAAGAAACGUCACACAGUCAUCAACCUAUAAGAGCUGGUUUGCUGAACAAGCCAUUGAUGUCAAUCCAGGUUUCACAAGGUGGUGGUUAUCAUGUUCCUCAACCACUGUUCAGACUAACCCGUGGUGGAGGCUGGAUCUGAGUUCUGUGUACAGAGUUAAUAGAGUUGUCAUCACAAACAGACUAGACUACCAUCCAGAACGAAUAAACGGAGCACAGAUUCACAUCGGAAACUCUCUGGAGAACAACGGCAACAACAAUCCCAUAUGUGCUGUGAUUUCUAGCAUUCCAGCUGGUGUUUCCUCCAACUACACAUGUAACGAUAUGGAGGGUCGAUACGUGAAUCUGAUCAUUCCUGGAGAUUCAAGGAUUCUUACUCUGUGUGAGGUGGAGGUGUAUGGAGAAGGUCCUUUUUUGCAAGAAGACUCUUGUAAAGAUGAACCUGAAGUUUGAAUCUGUCUGAACCUGAGAUGAGAUCCAUCUCCUGUCACAGUCUGAUUUGGUAGAACGAGGGAUUUCUGACGUGAAGAAAGAGAUGAUGAUGAUGGGGGAACCUAAAUUCUCAUCAGAUCAGCUUUGAUGUUCUUCAUUUACAUGAUGAAAUUUUCUCCAUUUAUUGUUGAUUACAAUAAAGUUGUAUAUGAAAACUGAAA